AAUGAAACUGCUAGCAAUAGGCCAGCCUGGUCGUCUUUACGUCAGCUCAUCGUCUUGUUUUGGAGUUUCAUCUUGUGAAGAUAUGUCUCUGACUCGUAGAUAAAGUAUUGGAAAGAAUUCUGCUUUUUUAUAAGUGAUUUAUCAAUUCAUAAUGGAAACUAGAGCUGUGGAAGAAGUCUGGCCAACUGAAUUAGAUGGAGCUCCUUAUGGCCUGGGUGUUGUCGCCGUUUCGGCUGUGAUUUUUUACGUUUUAUCACUGUGCUCAAAGCUCUUGACCCCCUCUGGACUUGGAAAGAAAACCACAUGGAAAUGGAAAAACAUAACAAUUUCGUUUAUUCAUUCUGUUUUAAGUGGAACAUGGGCUUGUGUGUGCUUUUAUGUGAAGCCGGAAAUGGCAGAGGAUUUAAUUUCCACCUACGACACAUUCGCUCAUACGCUAAUAGCUGUUUCUGUAGGUUAUUUUAUUUACGACAUGUGGGACAUGCUUGUUAAUCAAAGAAGCCGACAAUCAUACGAGUUGAUAGGACAUCAUGUUGUGAUCCUUGUUUGUUUUACCAUAGCCAUAGUAGCAAGGAUAUAUGUGGGAUAUGCUGUGGUUGCUCUUCUAAUUGAAAUCAACAGUGUUUUUCUCCAUCUUAGACAAUUGAUGCUGAUUUGUGGCAUCUCAAAACACAACAGUUGUUAUAGAUUUAAUAGUGUUGUCAAUUUAGGUACAUUUAUUGUGUGCCGGAUCUCCGUGAUGGCUUGGAUGAGCCGUUGGAUGUUAAUAAACAAGGACCGCAUCCCCUUGGUGUUCUACUCCCUUGGCAGUAUGGGACUCGCUGUAAUGACAAUCAUGAAUAUUAUUCUUUUUUACCGCCUCUUACAAAGUGACUUUCUUCAUAAAAAGGACAAGUGCAAACAAGAGGAAUAAACUACAGCAACACGAUAAAGUAUUGAACUGUGUACUGUAUUGAUGAUAUGUAGUAAUUAUAAUUUAAAAUUGAUACUGUAUACUGUUAACUUAGUAUUUACUUGUUACGAUCCGUUUCUACCUGUGAUUUUUUGUUAUAGUAACUGACAAUGAGGCUUAUAAUAACCAGUGCUUUUAACUUGAUGCCUGAGCAUUAUAAGUUCUUCUUGUGUUACCAGGUGAAUAUAAUUAGGGUUGAUAGGUAGACAGAUUUUUUAUGUUGCUAUUUCAUCUAAUCUAUACUUCAAAAGUGACUUUAUAAAACUGUUGAGUCAUUUCAGUCAAACGUGACAUAAACUUAAUUAGCAGCUCAUUAACGCUAUAAUGCCUAGUUUUCUGGUAAGGUGUUUAGAAGUAUAUAGCUAUAAUGUACAGUAUGUAAUUGUUUAGAAUACAGUACUUACCAUAUCCGAUCUUAAUAAGUGUUCCAGUUUUAUAACACAAAGAAGGGCGAGUUGAUACUUAUUUCAGGGAAAGAUAUACAAUAUCUGUCGGUGUUGCUUUUCUGGAACAUCACCAUCUGACUGCGUUGACGUACAUUGUAUCGGUGAAUUUAGCAACAUAUUUAUGGACUUAGUCGAACGCGUCCUUUUUCUCAGAAAUAAAGAAAGGGUUGUUUGUAUAGUUCAGUUUUGUAUACAGUUAUAUGUCAUAUGUAUUGAGUACUACUUCUACAGUAACUAACUCUAUAGUUGACAAUUCGCUGCAGUAGGUACUAUUUUACUUCAACAUAAAUAAAUAUAUGUCUAAUGAAAAGUUAAACAGGGAGUCCCAUAGUUCAUGAAAUAUUAAGUGCUAAUGAUUGGUUUCUGAUAAUAUUUCGGUGAACUACUUUAACCUUGUUUAUUCUGAAUGCAAACCAAUCUGCCUUUAUAUUCAAAUCAGAGUCCAUUUAUAUGUGUCGUUUUCUUGAAUGUUUUGGGUCACAUUUUUUGUUUCAUUUAUAUAUGUCCCAGUGGUCUUUCUGUGUCUAACUCCGUCUCCCCUCUUCCUCUAUGCUUUAUCCUGCCUUCUUCCUUUCCCUCUCGUCUUCGUCUAUUACGUACCCUGUCUCCUUCCUCUUUCUCUAUGACUUAUCCUGUCUCCUUCCUCUUUGACUUAUCCUGUCUCCUCCCGCCCCCUCUCUUCGUCUACGACUUAUUUUGUCCCCCUUCCUCCUCCUCUCUUCGUCUUCGACUAACCUGUCUCCUCCCGCCCCCUCUCUUCGUCUACGACUUAAUUUGUCUCCUCCUUCCCCCUCUCUUCGUCUACGACGUAUUUUGUCUCCUUCCUCCUCCUCUCUUUGUCUACGACUUAUUUUGUCUCCUUCCUCUUCUUAUCUUUGCUCAUGACGUAUUACGUCUCCUUUCUCUGCCUCUCUGUCUCUAUGACCUAUUAUGUUUGCUUCCUCUGUGGCUUAUUCAGUCUCCCUUUUCUCCCUUUCCUUGUCUUUUUCUUAUU